UGGAUUGCCAAUCCGAAAUCGAGGACUCGAUCACAGUCAUGGGGUUUGCAGCAAGGCAAUGACCUCAUGAGAGGAUACACAUAUCUACGAAUGUAUCAGCUCAUUGGCGGGAAGAACGCACACCACCUUCCCUGACGGUGGGAUAUAUUGUUGAGACGUGAAAUAGCAACGGGAAAUGGGAUGGCAGUUUAUGUAAAGGCGUCACGCGCCAAAUCCGAUGCCUGCCAUCUGAUAGUCGGCUAUCCUCCAUACCACCCUGUCCGGUGCAAUCUCUACAUAACGUCUCCCUCAAGAUGUCCCCCACACCGCUCUCCACCAACUACCACUACCUUCGUCUCUCAAGUUACCCUCCCAGUCGGAACCGCAGACUCCGAUUCUGAUGCAGAUGUAGACGUUUUAACCAUUCGCAAGGCCCUUCAAGACGCGCUAGGUGAUUCGUUCGGGAUCACGUCGGCGGGCACUUACAUCGAUAUUCUUGCUGUCACGAAGUGGAGCACUGGCGGUGUACGCGUUGGUGGGCGGGAUCCAUGGGGUGAGGUCAUUCUGAGAGUCCAUCCGUCUGACGCGCCGAAGAUACUAGCUGCCGUAACCGCCGCCUCGCCCUCACGAUCCUCGCAGCCUAGGUUCUCGCUCCUGCGAGAAUCGUCGUUCCUGCCGUCCCUAUCCUUUGGGAGUGGUGGUUACGCUGAUGCUAGUUACAUCGACUGCUAGAAGCGAGCGAAACUGCCUUCAACAUGCUUCGCUCUGACUCCAAAGCGCAUGACGCCAAUCG